AUGACGCUGUCCGGGAAUAUCGCCUUUUUUAAGAAGAUGAUUUUUGCACCGCUGAUCUGGCUCGGAGCGAUCCUCAUGCUGGCAAUCAAGUUCAUACGCAAGGUGCAUACGGUGACAACAGGUAGUUCUGACAAGCCGCUCAUGCUGCUGCUGCACGGCUUUCCUGAGCUGUGGGGAAUGUGGGAGCAUCAGCUGAGCCAUUUCAAAAAGGGCUACAACGUGGCCGCUAUCGAUAUGAGGGGCUACGGAGAAAGCUCUCGCCCCGGAGAUCCUAGAGACUACUACAUCGAUCGCCUUGUCCAAGAUGUGGUGGAUGUGGUGCAUGAACUCGGCUACAAGACGUGCGUCCUCGUCGGCCACGACUGGGGUGGCAAGGUGGCAUGGACAACCGCAAUCAUGCACCCAGAGACAAUCGAGCGCCUUGUAGUCAUCUCUGCACCGCACCCAACUGCCUACAAAGACCCCGACUGCUUCACCUUCAAGCAGAAUCUGAAAUCAUCCUACUUCCAGCUGUUCUAUGCCAAGGGCCUGGCAGAAAGAGUCCUGCUCAACAGCGAUGUGGGAUUAGUCGACGAUUCCCUGAAAAAUCCUCCUAAGGGUCCCUGCACCCCUGGGGCAAUAAGCGAUUCAGAAAUAAUAAGGACCAAAGCCGCGCUCGCGCAGAAGCCGGGGGAAGGUACUGAGCCUUGCCCAAUAAGCGCUGCAACCGCCGCUCUGAAUUACUACCGAGGCUGGGUGGACAACGAGACCUGGAAGCCCAUUCCAGAGAUUGACGAGGCAUGUGCUAAAAUGCUGGAGAUUCCCACGCUUGUGCUGCAUGGCAAAGAGGACGGGUACUUCCGGUCUGAAAUGUUCAACAAUCUUGACAAGCAUGUGCGCCACCUUGUGCUACCGCCAGCGCUGGAAGAUUGCUCCCAUUGGUGCCCCCAAGACCAGCCUGAAGCAGUCGACAAACACAUCGGGGAAUUCCUCGCGACAAAAUUUCCUGCGUACCAGGCUCCCCAGAUUGUCUAG